AUGGACGGACACUCCAAUGAUUCUCCUAAAUAUUAUGAUUUUGGAGAUUACACUCCACCGCCGCCACCUGCCUGGACCUGCGAUGCCCUGUGUGUCUUCAUCAUUCUAUCAAGCACCAUCAUCUUCGUUCUGGGCGUUCUGGGAAACGGCCUCGUCAUCUGGAUCAUUGGUGUGAAGACAAAGCGCUCGGUCAACUCCUCGUGGUACUUAAGCCUGGCAGUAUCUGACUUCUUGCUCUGCAUCACUGUGCCAUUCAACUGUGUGUACAUGACAACCGGAGAGUGGCACGUCGGACGUUUUAUGUGCAAGUUCAUUAGUGUGGUCAUGCCUCUGAACAUUUUCGGCAGCGUAUUUCUUCUGGUCAUUGUUAGCAUGGACCGCUGCAUAUGCGUUGUCUUUCCUGUGUGGUCUCAGAACCACCGCACGGUUAGAGGUUCCUCAGUCGUCAUUGCUGCAGCCUGGAUUCUCUCCGCAGCACUCUCCCUCCCCACCCUGUUGUUCUAUGGCAUUCAUGACAGAUACGGCACGACUCUUUGUGGUUUCAAUAGCACUGAGGCACUCAUGUCAAUGGGGACAUUGGUCGUGAUGGGUUUUGUAUUUGGGCUUGCCCUCCCUUUGGUGGUUAUAGUAGUUUGCUAUGCCAUCAUUACGCAGAAGCUAAGAGUCAAUCGCAUGACUAAAUCAUCCAAACCAUUUCGACUCAUGACAGCUGUUAUAAUCACAUUUGUCAUCUGCUGGGCACCUUAUCAGAUCUUCAGACUCCUGAGCAUUAACAAGGUUUCCAAUAUUAAAACAGGGAUUCAAAUCUCCACCAUGCUGGCCUAUGCCAAUAGCUUCAUCAACCCAGUGUUGUACUCCUUCAUGGGUCAAGACUUCAGAAAUAGAUGCAUUAGCUCCAUUUGUGCAAGGAUGGAAAAUGCCUUACAUCAGGAAGACCAGUCUACAAAAGCAAUCCCUAUGUCUAUAUCGGCAAAAGUUCAAACAGACUCUAAUGAGUCCUGACAGUUUAAUUUGAUUGUAUUU